AUGCCCUACUCCAACAAUGAUGUCGUUCAGGAAUGGCAUCCUAUGGGUCAGCAGGGAGACGAGGAGAACGCGAAGUUAUUGUUGCACGUCAGUCAGGAGAUCGAGAUGAACGGUAUCGUUCGACCAAAAGGUUACAACGUGUCAUGGCACUCGAAUCCAGACAUAGAAAAGCACCACUUCGGACAUGCACAUCCAAUGAAACCAUGGCGCCUUACUCUCGCGAAAGGGCUUAUAAUGUCAUACGGAAUGCAUACAGCGAUGGAUACAUACGUUUCGCGGAUGGCGACAAGGGAGGAGCUCGAAGACUUUCACAGUGCCGAGUAUAUGGAAUAUCUUAAAACAGCCAAGGUAGCAUUGCCCGACGACGAUAAUCCCAAAGAAUUCAACCUUGGUAGCUCGGAUUGUCCAAUCUUCGAAGGUUUAUUCAACUAUUGUUCGAUGUAUGCCGGGGCUUCGAUAGACGCGGCGAGAAAAUUAUGCAACGAAGAAGCAGAUAUUGCUAUCAACUGGUCUGGGGGACUACAUCAUGCGAAGAAGGCCGAAUCUUCCGGCUUUUGCUAUGUUAACGAUAUUGUUCUAGCGAUACUACAGCUUUUAAGAAAACAUCCAAGAGUGCUGUAUAUCGAUAUCGAUGUGCACCAUGGAGACGGUGUAGAAGAGGCUUUUUGGUCGACAGACCGAGUAAUGACUUUGUCAAUACAUAAAUACGAUGGAUAUCAGUUUUUUCCGGGCACUGGGGAUCUGGAUAGGACUGGUCCAGAUAGCGAAGAGAAUCCAGGUGCUCACCACGCAAUAAAUGUACCCUUAGCGGAUGGUAUCGACGACGAGCAAUACGUGUGGCUGUUCAAAACGAUUGUCGGAAUGUGUGUCGACCGAUUUCGGCCAACAGCUAUUGUCCUACAAUGCGGCGCAGACUCGCUGGCAGGAGAUAGAUUAGGACGAUUCAACGUCCAGGUUCAAGGUCACGGUGCUUGCGUUGCGUAUUGUAAAUCACUUAACAUCCCUCUACUCCUUGUUGGUGGAGGUGGAUAUACACCCCGUAAUGUGGCACGCGCGUGGGCUCAUGAAACAAGUAUUGCUAUCGGAUGUGAUGCGAAUCUAAACCCAAUCAUCCCAGCGCAUACACCAUACCGAUCACAUUUUCGUCACGAUACCAUAUUCCCUACGUUGGACCAAAUUUUGGGCGAGCCACGACCAAAUAAGAAUCCCGAUAAAAAAAUCAGAGAGAUCGUUGCUUCUAUAACAGAACAACUUCGAUUCGUUAACAUGGCUCCAAGCGUUCAAAGUACGAUCAUUCCACCCGACCUCACGGCGUAUAAAGAGGAGGUAGAUGCGAAGUUUCGAGAAGAAAGGGAGGGAAACGAUCAACAGCUAAGGCGGAACAAAGAGGCUAGUGUUGGUGUACCUAUGGAAUUUUAA